AAGUUCGGGCAUCGCACUGAUGAUCAAAGCACUAGAGAUCGUCUUCCCCAAAUCCCACCACCACCACCACCUCCCUCCCUUCUCACAAAAAUCAUCGAUAAAACCUCCUCCAAAUCCCAUCUUUUGAUCCUUUCUGUGGCUCUGCAUUCAUCCAUGGCCUCCGAUUGAUCCUUGUUUGGGAUAAAAGCUUCUUUGGGCUAUCACGCAGGAAAGUUCAAUGGAUGAUCUACUGCAUUGGGCAUUUCCUCUUGUUUAGAUUUUGGCUCUUGAUCAUUGUUAUCAUGAAACACUUUUGAUUUGAGAUAACUUUGCUGUACAAUUGUUUCUUCGGGAAUUUAUAAGUUCAGUUUACGGGGAAGGGAGAUCAACUGAUGCAGUUAUACUUGGAUUCUUGAUCACCUGGAAAACUUGGAUUCUCUUUUCAUCCAUCAAUGGAGAGCUUGGCGCAAUUGGAAGCCCUAUGUGAAAUGCUUUACAAUUCUCUAGAUCCAGCUGAGCGAGCACAUGCUGAGAGCACUUUGAAAUGCUUUUCUGUCAAUGUCGAUUACAUAUCACAAUGCCAAUAUAUUUUGGACAAUGCUUUGACUCCUUAUGCUUUGAUGUUGGCUAGUUCUAGCUUAUUGAAGCAAGUGACGGAGCAUAAUCUCUCUUUGCAACUGCGGCUUGAUAUUAGGAACUACAUCAUCAACUAUCUUGCGACCAGAGGGCCUGAGAUGCAGACUUUUGUCACGGGAUCUCUGAUUCAACUCUUUUGUAGGAUUACCAAAUUUGGAUGGUUUGAUGAUGAUAGAUUCAAGGAGGCAGUUAAGGAGGCGACAGACUUUUUGAGUCAGGCGAGUUCUGAUCAUUAUUCCAUUGGUUUGAAGAUAUUAAAUCAGCUAGUGUCUGAAAUGAAUCAGCCAAACCAAGGAAUGCCUUUGACACACCAUCGACGUGUGGCAUGCUCAUUCAGGGAUCAGUCACUUUUCCAAAUAUUUCAGAUAUCCUUAACUUCACUACAGCAGCUUAAAAAUGACGUGAACAAGCAAGUCUCGGGCAUGUUGAAGCAAUUGACACUGUCCCUUUCAGUAAGGUGUUUAUCCUUUGACUUUGUUGGAACUUCCCUUGACGAAAGUUCUGAGGAAUUUGGUACAGUUCAGAUUCCAACCCCCUGGAGACCAGUCUUGGAAGAUCCCUCCACUCUUCAAGUCUUUUUUGAUUACUAUAAAAUUACUGAACCCCCUCUCUCCAAAGAGGCGUUGGAGUGUUUGGUACGACUUGCUUCUGUUAGACGCUCAUUGUUUGCUGAUGAGCCUGCUCGCUCACGGUUUUUAGCUCAUCUGAUGGCUGGAACCAAAGAAAUUCUUCAAUCAGGACAAGGGCUUGCUGAUCAUGAUAACUACCAUGAGUUCUGUCGCCUUCUUGGGAGAUUUAAAGUAAAUUAUCAGUUGUCAGAGCUUAUGAAUGUGGAGAUAUAUAGUGAAUGGAUACGCCUGGUUGCAGAGUUCACAGCAAAAUCAUUACAGUCAUGGCAGUGGGCCAGCAAUAGCGUGUACUACCUUCUUGGGCUUUGGUCUCGAUUGGUGACUUCUGUGCCUUAUUUGAAGGGUGACACACCAAGCCUACUAGAGGAAACUGUGCCUAAAAUCACUGAAGGGUUUAUCACCUCUAGAUUUGAUUCUGUUCAGGCUGGAAUCCAAGAUGAUCUAUCAGAAAAUUCACUGGACAAUGUUGAACUACUUCAGGAUCAAUUAGAUUGCUUUCCUUACCUUUGCCGAUUCCAGUAUGAAAGAAGCAGUCUUUACAUUAUGAAUAUAAUGGAGCCUCUUCUACAGCUGUAUCACGCGGCAUCACCCGCAACUGGAGAUGGAAAUGAACUUUCUGUUCUUGAAGGACAAAUCACGUGGAUAGUUCAUAUCAUUGCUGCCAUCCUUAAAAUCAGACAGACCGUUGGUUGUAGCACUGAAUCACAAGAAAUUAUUGACGCGGAACUGGCUGCACGAGUAUUGAGGUUGAUAAAUGUCACUGAUAGUGGAUUACAUUCACAGCGAUAUCAUCAAAUAAGCAAGCAAAGACUUGAUCGUGCCAUUAUCACAUUUUUCCAAAACUUUCGGAAGUCAUAUGUUGGUGAUCAAGCUGUCCAUUCAUCUCGGCAGCUAUAUUCAAGAUUAUCGGAACUUAUCGGUUUGCAUGAUCAUCUAGUGUUGCUUAAUGUCAUUGUUGGAAAAAUUGCAACGAACCUUAAGUGCUAUACAGAGUGCGAAGAGGUUAUCGAGCAUACUUUAUGCCUAUUUCUUGAGCUAGCAUCUGGGUAUAUGACAGGAAAACUUUUGCUCAAGCUGGAUACUGUGAAGUUCAUUAUCAGGAAUCACACUAGGGAGAACUUUCCAUUUUUGGAAGACUAUAAAUGUUCACGCAGUAGAACCACUUUUUAUUACACACUUGGCUAUUUGAUCUUCAUGGAAGACAGCCCAAUAAAGUUUAGGUCUUCUAUGGACCCACUUUUGCAGGUGAUGGCUAAGUUGGAAUCAACUCCUGAUACUGCUUUUCGCACUGAAGCUGUGAAAUAUGCUUUUAUUGGUUUGAUGAGGGAUCUUAGAGGUAUUGCAAUGGCUACAAACAGUCGUAGAACAUAUGGAGUCUUAUUUGACUGGCUGUACCCUGCACAUAUGCCACUGCUCUUGAAAGCCACCUCACAUUGGGCUGAUGUUCCAGAGGUCACGACUCCAUUAUUGAAGUUUAUGGCAGAAUUUGUUUUGAACAAAGCUCAACGCUUAAUUUUUGACUCAUCCUCCCCUAAUGGAAUUCUUUUGUUUCGAGAAGUCAGCAAAUUGAUUGUGGCUUAUGGAUCAAGGAUUCUCUCUCUUCCAAAUAGUAGUGAUAUGUAUGCUAACAAAUAUAAGGGUAUAUGGAUUUCAUUAACCAUCCUUACAAGGGCUUUAGCUGGGAAUUAUGUCAACUUUGGGGUGUUUGAACUGUAUGGUGACAGGGCCCUUUCAGAUGCCCUUGAUAUUGCCCUUAAGAUGACAUUGUCGAUUCCAUUAGCAGAUAUUCUUGCUUUUAGAAAGCUCACUAGGGCAUAUUAUGCAUUUGUGGAGGUCUUGUUCAACAAUCACAUUGCGUUUAUUUUGAAUCUGGACACAAACACCUUUAUGCAUAUUGUGGGCUCACUUGAAUCUGGUUUAAAAGGAUUGGAUUCCGGUAUAUCAUCACAGUGUGCAUCUGCAGUUGAUAAUCUAGCUGCGUUUUACUUCAACAACAUUACUGUAGGAGAGGUACCCCCAUCACCAGCUGCUUUGAAUCUUGCUCGACACAUUGCAGAAUGUCCUACAUUAUUUCCCGAGAUUCUUAAGACGCUUUUUGAGAUAGUUCUAUUUGAGGACUGCGGCAAUCAAUGGAGUCUUAGCCGGCCAAUGUUAAGCUUGAUUGUUAUAAGUGAACAGAUGUUUAAUGAUUUGAAAGCUCACAUUUUGUCAUCUCAGCCUAUGGAUCAACACCAACGACUGUCGCAAUGUUUUGACAAGCUGAUGGCUGAUGUCGCCCGAAGUUUGGACCCGAAGAACCGGGACAAGUUCACACAAAACCUCACAGUAUUUAGGCAUGAAUUUCGUGUUAAAUAGCCUGUGUCUUCUUCAUGAGUUAUCUCAGGCGUGUGUGUCAUACCCGGUGAAGUAUCUUUUGCAUCACCUGUAAAUAACCCUAAUCGAUCCUAUUUCGGUGAUUCAACUUCAACAAUCCUCCGGCCAUGGAAAACCAUUUCUGGUAUUCAAGUCUCUCUGAUACUUUCAGAAGCUGUUCUUCGUAGCCAACAAGAGUAAAGUAAAGAACAGUUCACACCAACCGGAGAUGGGGACUACCUCAGUUUUUUUAAAAAAAAAAAAUUCGAUAUUUUGCUCCUGGUAGCUGAAGGCAGUGUUCAAUUCUUUCUUACUCUGAUUGUGUUGUAUUUUUCUGGGCCUUUUACACCAGUAGGAAUUAAUAGAUUGUGUAUUUUGUGGCUUUAUACUUACCUCUCAUCAUCAUCAUCAUUAUCAAGUAUUACUUUGAAAGGUUGUGUAGGGGAUAUAUUGGAUUGUUGUCCUGUCCUGUCCUGUCCUGUCUGAAGCAAAAACCUAGGGUUUAUUUUGGAGCCCUCAUUCUUCAUUUUAUUUACAAUUCUUUUUUGAAAGGAAGGAGAAAUAUGUAAGAUAAUUUUUUUUUUGAAUUUUUUUUUUUUUUUAAGGAAAAAAGGUUGUUGAGUU